UUCAGGAAAGGGGCAAAUAGAAUCGUUUAUAGCUCAAUAAUAGUUAUUCCAGUGAGAGCAAUUUCUCUUCACUAUUUCUGGUUUUAUAUUCCAGGUACAUGGUCGCAAACAAGCUUCCAGCCACGUCACCCGAUUGCAACCCUUACGUCGAAUUACUGUUUACGAUGCUGAGUGCGGUGCACCGAUUGCCUAAAAAAAAAUGACGAGAUUCCAGCUGAUGUGUCUCGAUUAUCACCGGAUACAGUUGGUUAUAACGCAAAACUCACUGCUGUGUCGGGUGUUGGACCUUCCCCAGGUCAACGAGGAGCUGGUUCGUAGCUGGCAUAACAAAGGUCUUAAGAAGAGACAAGCAGAGACGUUGAGCCAUGGCAUACAAACAAAGGUGACACCGCUGACAACCACGUUAACCCUGCCAGAGCCAAUGGACCUGCCCACGACGCUGCAACGUGGUAGUACACCUAGUUCGUUUGCUUUCACAGCACCACGGAAAAUGGCUGGUGAAGCCAAGAAACGACAACACGCACAAUCCACAAUCAGCAGGAAAGUCCGGAAAAUAGCGCCAACGCUGCCUGGUCAAUCAAAUGUGUUUGUCGUACCACAGGGUACGUUUGUGCCCAACAUAGUUUGGUCUACACCACCAGUCACGUCUGCGCCACCGUCUGUGUCACCGUCUGUUCCACGGUUAAAGCAGCCCAGAUGCUUUAAACAUUGUGGGGAAAUAUGGACAUCCGAAGGAAAUACAAAUUACAUGUUCCGUGUGUACUGUCCCUCAAAAGAAACCGUGUCUGUUGAGGAGUGGAAGGCUGCCCUCAAGGACAAAGGUGUUGGGAAAAGGGUUAAAGACACGAAACAAAAUGACUGAAACUCAUUGAGCCCCGAUGCAUCUUAAAGUGUCAACUGCCAGUAUAGAGGUGGAAAGGAAAUGGGCAACAGUAUGGUUUAUGCCAUACUGUUAUGUCAGGUUAUAUACCUUCCCGCUUACUAUACUGACAGCCGACAGUAAGAUGCCCUUCCAGGGUAUUAAUCAAUGUUAGUUGAUGGGAAAUGUGACAUAACACGCUCACCUUUGAUUAAUAUCCUGGACUGGUCUGGGGCUCAAUAGUUAAAUUUGUGCUUCGGAUGUCGAUUAUCGUCCUGCAUCUAGCAGGUCAGCUACCGUCUAACUUGGAUUUUAACUAUAUCUGUGGCAGCAAUCAUUAUGAACUUAAACCCUUUUAUUGGCCUUUUUAUAUAUUUUAUGUAUGUAUGUAUAUUAACUACCAGAUUAUGCAUUACCGUGAAAAUCGCAAUUCUGCCAUUUUAACUUUGGUACAUUCAGCUGUCAGUUACCACAUUCAGUUUAACAUUCACAGAUUAAACAUUAGCUGUUUAAAUUUUAUGACAUUUUAGCUUAUUAUUGGCCUUUUAUAUAUUUUAUGUAUGUAUGUAUGUAUAUUAACUACCAGAUUAUGCAUUAGCCUUGAAAAUCUCAAUUCUGCCAUUUUAACUUUGGUCCAAUAAAAGAAUGGACUAUGUACUUGCUGCCAAAUAUACUAGUUUCUAUUGUAACACCACAACUUGUCUAAUAAAUGAGAAAAGCUUUAAUAGUUAAAAAAAAGAAUAAAACAUGCAGAUAAUGUCCUCACUGAAGACUUUACACAGAAUUAUGUACACACCGCCCAGCCUUGUAGUGGUUCUUCAACUCAGAACCCUACACAGGAGGUAGACUCACCCCAGAAUAGUAAUGGUAGUGAACCUAUUUCUGGCAGUGCUUUUUCAACUCGGGUCACCACA